AUGACUCAAAAACCAACUUUUACAACCCCUCCCCCGGCCGUCUCGGACGUUGACAUCUCCUUCCCCCGCCCCCACGUCCUCCUUAUCACCCUUAACCGGCCUCGCCACCUCAACUCCAUCCCCUCGGAGCUCCACUACGCCCUUGCCAAUCUCUACGACUGGUACGAUGCCGAACCAUCCCUCCGCUGCGCCGUCCUGACCGGCACCGGCCGCGCUUUCUGCGCCGGCGCCGACCUGAAAGAGUGGAAUGUCCGUAACACCUCCGGGAAACCCCCCACUCCGUCCUCCGUCGGCGCCGACCCGACACCUGCCGUGGUCACUUCCUCUGACGCAUUGGGUAAACCCGGUGAUAAAUGGCGUCCGUCGGCCGGCUUCGGAGGCUUGUCGAACCGCGGCGGGAAGAAGCCCGUCAUCGCGGCCGUGAAUGGGCUCUGCUUAGGUGGCGGAAUGGAGAUGAUCAUCAACGCGGACCUGGUGUACGCCUCCACCAAGGCCAAGUUUGGACUCCCGGAGGUGACAAUCGGCGUCAUCGCCGUUGCAGGCGCUUUGCCGAGACUCAUCAAGUCCGUAGGCCGACAGCGGGCCUCGGAGAUGGCUCUCAUCGGGAGGUCCGACUACACGCCUGAACAGAUGCUCUCGUGGGGUCUGGUGAACGAGGUCGUACAGCCGGACUCGCUGAUGGAAACCGCUCUCGGUGCCGCUGAGGCAAUUGCAAGAAACUCCCCUGAUUCGAUCAUCGUCUCAAGGGAAGGACUGAAGAGCGGAUGGGAGCCAAUGGGCCCUGGGGAGGCUACGGCGAUCGUUGACCAGGGCAUCUACCGCCAGAUGGAGGCUGGAGAAAACAUGACGGAGGGCGUCAAGAGCUUUGUUGAGAAGAGGAAGCCUGUGUACAGGGAUAGCAAGCUAUGA